GUAAUAAAAUGUGUAAUAAUGGAAAACAGGCAGCCAAAUUCAAAUGAUGUGAUAGUGCCAGAAUUAUACUUUCUCAUAUCAAAAUUUCUGACUAAUGGGCCACUGGAGGAGACAGCAAAGGUUCUGGUGCAGGAAUUGGAGCAAAAAAAGGUGCUGCCCAGACGUAUCGACUGGCAGGGCAAUGAACAUGACCAGACUUUUACUGAAUUGGAGCAAAAAUAUGCACACGUUGGGCCCAAUCAUCUGCUAGAGAUAUGCACUCGUCUUGGUCCGCUGAUAGAUCGAGAGCUGCCGCCCAGCGUGCCUGGCAUAAGCUCCUUGCUAGGCACUGGCCGUCAGAAUUUACUGCGCACGAAAGACACUGUCUAUCAACAUCGUUCGCUAAGGGAUUACUGCACACGACUGCAUGGAAUUUCUUUACCAGACUCAGCGCUUACCAAACCCGUGCACAAUCUAGCCCGUGUUAUAACUGGACGGGAACAUGGCGGACUGGUGCGCCGCAAAUUGCUGGUACCCACGGAAAUCUAUCGCAAGACGAAACUGCUGCGUCGCACUGUGGGACAUUUAUCGUCGGUUUAUUGCGUGUUGUUUGAUCGCACAGGACGCUAUAUUAUUACCGGCGCUGAUGACUUGCUCAUUAAGAUUUGGUCCGCCGCGGACGGGCGUCUGCUGGCCACUCUGCGUGGCGCGUCAGCUGAAAUUACGGAUAUUGCCAUUAAUUUGGAUAACACAAUGCUGGCCGCUGGUUCCGUAGAUCGCAUUUUACGCGUUUGGGAUAUGCAGACUACCUCGCCAAUUGCUGUGCUUGCCGCUCACACGGGCAUGAUAACCUCUGUGAAUUUUUGCCCCUCACCGCGCAGCGAUCUCAAGUACUUAGUAACCACCAGCACAGACGGCUCCAUAGCUUUCUGGCAGUAUUCAACGCCACGAGGGCAGAAAAUAACAUUUGCUCCGCGGCCCACACAAUACCAUGAGAAGCUGCGUCCUGGACAGGCGCAAAUGAUGUGCACAACAUUUUCACCGGGCGGUAUGUUCCUAGCUGCCGGCUCAGCGGAUCAUCAUGUGCGCGUAUAUAUGAUGGCUGAAGAUGGACCAAAGCGAAUACUGGAAACAGAGGCAUACACUGAUGCAGUAGAUUCAGUGCAGUGGUCACAUCGCGGCCUGCGUUUCAUAUCGGGCAGCAAAGACGGCACCGCACAUAUUUGGACCUUUGAGUCACAGCAAUGGAAGAGUAUAAAGCUCUGUAUGACGGAGCGCUUGGCCAGUUGUCCAGAGCCUGAGGAAGGCAAAAAGUUAAAGGUUACUAUGGUUGCCUGGGAUGCCUCGGAUCGUUAUGUUAUCACUGCCGUUAAUGAUUUCACAAUCAAAAUCUGGGACUCGAAAUCAGCCAAACUGCAUCGCGUGUUGCGUGGCCACAAGGAUGAGCUGUAUGUGCUAGAGUCCAAUCCUCGCGAUGAACAUGUGCUGCUCUCUGCUGGCCACGAUGGCCAAGUGUUUCUCUGGGAUAUCGAGCAGGGCGUGGGCGUGGCACAGUUUUUCAACGACAUUGAUGGCCAGGGCCAUGGCAGCGUUUUCGAUGCCAAAUGGUCACCAGAUGGCACUAUGAUUGCCGCCACAGACUCCCAUGGUCAUAUAAUUAUCUUUGGGCUGGGCAUAGGCAUAGAAAAGUACAAAUUGCUGCCCAACGAGCUGUUUUUCCACACAGACUUUCGUCCUUUACUGCGUGAUGCACAUCAUCAUGUGGUAGAUGAACAGACACAAAUUAUGCCGCAUUUAAUGCCACCGCCAUUUCUUGUCGAUGCCGAUGGCAAUCCGCAUCCCUCAAAAUAUCAGCGCUUUGUACCCGGGCGUGAAAACUGCAGCAUGGAUCAGUUGAUACCUAAUCUAACAGUGGGUAUUGAUGGUGUUGUCAUAGAGGAUAAUUUAAAUGCAGCUGUCGAAGCAGUGGCACCACCCGCAGCACCCGGAGCAGCCGCUGCUCCUUCUGCAGCUGCUGCUGCUGCAGCGGCGGUAAACUAUUCGCACAUAGAUCGCAUGAUCGCUGCCUUGGCCAAUCGUCAGGGUGGCAACAAUGCUAACAAUGCCAAUGCGAAUGCCAAUGAUGGAAAUGCCAGCAAUGCAAAUCAAUUCGAGCGUUUAAUUAUGCGUCAGGGUCAAGAUCAACUGCCAGAUUCCAAUUCUAAUCGCAAUACGCCGCAACGUGGCAAUGUGCUGGGAAGCAGACGUUCCAUAGGUGAGAGUACGCCACGCCAAAACUGGGGAGCACAACGUGCCGGAGUAGGAGCACCUUUGGGCCAUUUACCAGAGCAGGAACAGCCACCUCCAGCAGCGGCACAAGCGCUACCUCUUAAAUUUGUGCGUCGCACAUAUGUGCGUCCCAUGAAGUAUGCGCAGCUGCAGAAUCUCAAGCAGACCAUAUACUCCGCCGGCCAGUUCGAAAUGCAGGAGUAUAAGCGUGAAAUGCGACGUCGUCCAAUUAUGAUAAACACAGCCAGUGCCGCCUCCACGCAACAAGCAGGUCUGAGUAGAUCGCGUAAUACACGCGCCAAUGGAGUGUCGCGUGCGGGACGACGACGUGGACAGCAAGCUCAACAGCCGGGUGCUGGACAACAACCAGCUUAUCGCACGCGCGCUGUGCGCAAUGAGGAGCAACAAUAUGAUGAUGAUGCAGCUGCUGCAGCACCUGCGCUGCAUGAGGAGGAGGAAGAGGAUGUUAGCAGUAAUAGUUCGGGCGACACCAGCUACUCCAAUGUGGAGGAUCAUCUAGAGGAUAGCAGCGAUGACUCUGAAACGGAUAGCUCCGACUAUUCCGACUGGGUGGCCGAUACGCCAGGUCCCAAUUUGGAGCCACCCAAGCGUUCCAAGCGCAAGCCGCUCUCACGACGUCCCACCUUCAACGAUGACAGCAGCGAUGAUGCGGAGGCAGGCCAAGGAGCAGGCAGCGGUGCUCAAAAGAAGCGCGGACGCAAGCGUGUGGUCAUACCACCUACCACUGGUGAAAUACCAGAGCUGUAUCGUCCAGCCGAAUGGCUUUCAGAGGUUAUACCACGCAAGGCGCCCUAUUAUCCUCAAAUGGGUGAUGAGAUUGUCUACUUUCGUCAGGGUCAUCAGCGCUAUCUGGACGCAGUUCGUCUGAAAAAGGUCUACAAGCUAUCGCAUAAUGUCGAGCCAGGCAACUUUCGCGAUCACGAACUGGUGCGUGUGAUUGGCAUUAAAUACGAAAUACGCCCGCCGCGUCUCUGCUGCCUCAAGCUGGCCAUCAUAGAUGAGGACGGCAAUAUGACAGGCACUACAUUCAAAAUCAAGUAUCAUGAUAUGCCGGAUGUGCUGGACUUCUUGGUGCUGCGUCAGACUUUUGAUUUGGCUGUGCAGCGUAACUGGAGCAUUGGCGACAGAUUUCGUUGCAUGAUUGGUGAUGGCUGGUGGAUGGGGCAGAUUGAGUCCCGUCAUGCACUCUCUGCUGACUUUCCCGAUUCCUUUUUUAUGUGUUUCCGUGUGCGUUGGGAUAAUGGCGAAUAUGAGUACAUGAGUCCCUGGGAUAUGGAGCCUAUUGAUGAGGAGCGUUUGCCAGAUGAAGUGGGCGGCGCUGUACCUGUGCUGCCAGAAGAAAUACGCGCUACAUUGUAUCAGCCCAAGUCUGAGGAAUGGCAUCGUGGUGAUCGUGAUGGCACCUGCAGACGCAUCAUCAACGGACUCGAACAGGUCAUGCGUUUAUCUAUUGCUGAGCACUUUCUGGCGCCUGUCGAUCUCAACAUCUAUCCAGACUAUGCUUAUUUAAUAGAGUACCCCAUCGACUUAACCACCAUCAAGUCCAGAUUUGAGAAUCACUUUUAUCGCCGCAUUACUUCAGCGCAGUUUGAUGUUCGCUACUUGGCCACCAAUGCGGAGCAAUAUAAUCGACGACAUACCAAUAUUGUCAAACACGCGCGCAUUGUUACCGAUUUAUGUUUGCGCAUUAUACGUGAUGCGGAUGAAAUUGAUGUAGCUGCUGUCUAUCAUCAAUUGGUGGAUGUUUAUCAUUCCUCGGACUCGGAAGCUGAGGUAGACUCUGAUGUGGUGCCUUCCACCAGCACAGGACCAACAACCUCAGCAGCUGCUGCACGUCAACAUGUAUCCUCAACGCGACGCUCGAAUCGCAUACGCUCUGAUGGCGACUGGCGUUCCGAAUGCCGUCAGCUGUUGGAUUUAAUGUCCCAGCGACCGGACUCCUUACCUUUUCGCGAGCCUGUGGAUACAAUUGAGUUUCCAGAUUAUUUGGAAAUCAUUGCCACGCCCAUGGAUUUGCGUACAGUUAAGGAGGAUCUGCUGGGAGGCAACUAUGAUGAUCCCAUGGACUUUGCCAAGGACGUGCGCCUGAUAUUUGUCAAUUCCAAAAACUAUAAUACCAACAAACGGUCACGGAUUUAUGCCAUGACAUUGCGCUUGAGUGCGUUGUUUGAGUCGCAUAUAAAGACCGUGAUUACGAAUUGGAAGGCGGCACGCAGACGCGCCAAUAAGAAUAAAUCUGGCAGCAGUGGGCGUGGCUCGAGCAGUCCCAGCAAGCGUACAACCACAGAGCGUGCCACACGCCGCACUCAGAAGCCGUCCAAAGCUAACAGACGCUUGUCCCUACAUAGCAGCGAUGAGGAGGAGGAGGAAGAAGAUGAUGACGACGAUGAUGAUGAUGAUGAUGGUGCACAGCAGCAGUCAACAUCACGUGCUGCAGCACAACGUGGCGGCAACAGGCGUCGCAAUGGCGUUGCCGUUAGUGCCAGCAACUCGGGCUCGAAUCGUGUCACUAGCUCAUCCUCAAAUCAGCAAAGGCGUCAUGCUGCAGCAUCAGAAAGCGAGGAAGAGGAGGAGGAGGAUGAUGAUGAGGAUGCUGAAACUACUUCAGAUGGCAGCAGCGAUGAUGAUGCACACUCCCACGAAAGUUCGCCACAGCAGACAUCGAGUCGUCGUGGUCGAGCAGUGCGUCGACGCAUCAUCGAUGACGAUGAAGAUGAGCAUAAUGACUCUGAGGAGAGCUAUAAUCCCACCGAGCGACGCAGCAGACGUGCCGCUGGCUCCAAACGCAAACGAGGCCAUCAAGCAAGACAUGCGAGCAAACGACAUCGUCGCGAUGCAGCUGCAAGUGCCAAUGCUGCACCCCCGAGACGCACACGUCGCCUGCUUGGCAGCUCCGAGGAGGAACAUCACACAGGAGUUUCGCAGCACGAUGAGAGCACGCAGGACAGUCAAACGCCACGCAAGAGCGGAAGACAUGCUAGAGGAAAGCCUGCUGCCGCCUUAAGCAAUGGACCCAGCACCAGUGCAGCGGCGGCGGCAGCGUCCUCAGCCGGCUCUAGCCAUGAGAGUCCUUUGCGCAGCAAGCGUGCCAACGGUGGCCGCUCGCAGAAUGCGGCUGAGAAUGAUCACAGCUAUCAUCUGCCAGUGCGCAAUGGACGCAUCAUCGAGUCGGAUACAGAUUCACAUGGACCAGUGGGACGACCAACACGUCAAAGCGCCAAGCGUGCGCUAAUGGAUUGGGCACGUGGCAGUGACAUUGAGGAGGAGGACGAAGAAGAGGAAAGCGAAGAGGCUGAAGAGAUACUACCUACACCCACACCCACAAAGGACGAUGUGCCCUCGACAAGUCGUGCGGCCUUAAGUCUGGCAACAGGUGGCGCAACCACAUCACGGCAGCUGCGUACAAAUCGCAAUACCUUGGUGACUGCGCCGCCAGAUAGCGAUGAUGAUGAUGAUAGUGAUAAUGAACCCUUAGCACACAAUCAGCAAAAGACUGCCAGCGGCGCUCGGAGCAGCACAGUAGCACCACAUCCGCUGUCACUGCGACGUCGCCUGCCUUCACCACCCGCUCGCAGUGUGCAUAUGACACGUUCACAUGCCACAUCCACCACAACCAGCAGCAGUCAACAGCAGCAGCAACAGUCUGCUGCGGAGCCUACCAUGACCACUCAUGAUCAUAAUUAUUUGGGCACUGAGUCUGCAGCGGCAGCCAGAGCGCCACGACGCAUUCUAUCGCGUCAUCAGCGCAAUGCGGAUGAGCUAGACACAAGCCUGGAUCCGCUGAACAACUCGCGUAUUAUGAAUUUGCUAAAUCCAAGUCGACGACGUCCCACCUCCACCACAGAUAAUGGCAAUACACGCCAACUGCGUGCGCGUAAUAGCCAGGAACAUUCGCAACCAGAGGACGAGGAGGAGGAGGAAGAGGACGAUGAGGAUGCAGCUGCCACCAAUGAGGGCACAGAUGGCGGCUCUAGCGAUAACGAUGAUGACGUCGAGGUGGCCGAAGAAGAUGCUACCGCUAGCGACUCGGAAGACAAUCAGCCGCUAACCAGCUACGUUUCACCCAGCAAUGGACGCCCACGACGCAAAACCAAAACUUCAAGCUCAUCAGCAGCCACAACUGCGGCACCGGAACGUGAGAAGCGUCAACUGCGACGUCCGCGUGCCGCCUCCGAUAAUUCGCUCAACAACGAUGAAGAUUAUGCUUCUUCGCGUAGUCGCUCAAACCGAUUGCGUAGCAAUCAACGCAACGGACGCAACCAAAAGCGACCACGCUACAACGAGGAAAGCGAUGAGGAGGAUGUGCCGCCGGCGUACAGCCAGCAGCAGCGCAAGCGCUUGAGAAACGGCGAUAUGCAUGCUGCUGGCAGCAACAGCUCGCAGGAGGAAGAUCAGCCGACAGGAGAUAGCACUGAUGCGAAUAGCGAUGAUGAUGAUGAUGAUGAGCAGCUGGUGAGCGUGAGUAGUCGUGGGCGUGUGCGCAAAAUCUCAGCCAAAGCGCGCGGCAUAUUUAAGGAUUGAAAUAUUAUCGUUUGAAUUUUUCUUUUGGGCGCUGGCAGCGCUGCGCUCAAGACUGUUUUAUGUAUAAAAAAAAUAAUUAUAAUUGCAAGUAGAGAAUGAAAGAAAAACAAGGGAGAGAGCAAAUAAUACUUGCUACAUUUGCUGCUAAUUAUUGAUUAAUGUGUAAGCGUAAAUUCAUUGUCAUUGUCAUAACGUUGGGUGUACUCCCCCUACCUACCACCACUCCCCCUUCAUCAGCACCCUGCGCUUGCCCGCUUUAGGCUUAAGUAAAUUGUGUUCUCAUUUGUAAACGUAUAAUUCAUUCUUUCUCUCACACUCACACACACAUAACAUCUUUAAAUGUUUCGAAGUUCUUAGUUCUUAUUUUAUACAACGUUAUAUAUAUAUAUUUUUUUUGCUGGCCCCCACGUGCCACAGUUGGUUGCAGCUACAUUUGUACAUGUAGCGCGUGCAACUGUGCGUGCAACGCUGCCGCCACAAAUGUGUAUGUAUUUUCUAUAAUAUAUAUAUAUAAUAAACAUAUAAUUAAAAAAGGUAGCA